UGCGUGUUUUGUCUCCCUCGCGAUAUGUCACACUGGAGACCGUGGAUGGGGAUUUGCUGACUUAUCUUACAGGUUUGCGGCAGGCGAUAGGUGCAGCCUGGGACCAGGUUCGUGCCAAUUGGAGGAAUCCAGAGGGAGAGCUGCCACGAGCUGUGACACCGCUCGAGCCAGGGAGCUGGGUGUUGGUUCGCGACCUGAGGAGGAAAAGAUGGAACACGCCGAGAUGAAGGGGACCCCACCAGGUCUUGAUGGUGACCCCUCACGCAGUGAAAGUGGAGGGAAUCGACGCCUGGAUCCAUCAAGUCCACUGCAGACGCGUGUCCGACCCUGGUGGUUCUUUCGAGACUGGCCCCUGAAAGGGCCACAACUGUGUUGCCUUGCCCUGAUAGCCAUUUUUAUUGUCACAGUUACAUUUGGGAUUGAUGCCAUAUUGUGGUGGAGAACUGCUUAUUCCGGUUGUGUCACCCGCUGUACUCCAACAGAGCCCAACCCACGACAAGUUUUGAACCGAGGGAAAAGGGAGGUGAUGAAUACCAAUGCCGAUGCUAAUGCUGUGGAGCUUUUGGCCUGAGCUGUGACUGCUGAGCUGAAUGUUUCAGACUGCUGGGUUUGCCAUUAUAUGCCCCACACUUUUGCGGCAUGGCCCUUCUACGGGAUUCCGUACACCUAUCAUGACAUGGCGGUCUUGAACCACACCUGCUCCGGCCCUGUGUCUGUUGUGGCUGGGCUGCUGACUCGCGAACUAGGGUCAUCGUCCUCAACUCCACCACCACCUAUAUGUCGCGUUUCUGGUAUUGUUGUUAAGUCGCGGGCAGUGGAGGCGGCCUUUGUGGCCACGCAUGACCGGUUACAACAGGAGUAUGCUGAGAACAAUCCAAUCCUCUAUCUGACUCAGGCAGACCAGUCUAAUCACUGGGGCUUCACUACAGUCCAUUUGCUGUGUCCUGUCCAUCGGACUCGACCGUGAUGGUGAAGGGAGUGGCCCUGCCUGAGGAUGGCUUGGCUGUCAUCCCGGUAAAUGGGACUGUGUGUUUCCAUUUGUCCAAUUCAACCCAGACUCGAACCCCUUCCUCCCCACCUCUUCACUGUAAGGCUUAUGUUAACUUCUCUGUCCUUGGUGAUGUCCUGCUAGUGGCACCGCCACGUUCUGCGUUUAUUUGUGGUCGCAAAGAUUUUCUUAAGGGUUACACUGUUUUGUCUCUUUCGAAAACGAAGGCUGAUUGGUAUUGUUAUCUAGCUUAUCUUGUUCCUCCUAUUCGUGUAGUGCCCAAGGCGCAGAUGUCGUUAGCCGUGCGUGCAUAUACACGCAGCAGACGGUCUCUUAGUCGGACUGAGCAAUGGUUUGGGGUGUUUAUUCCAUCGCUUGGGGUGGCAGACCUUCAGACAGAGGUGGCUGCCCUGCAGACUGCAGUUGAAAAGGUGGCCAAUCAAACGCUUGACACCGUGAAGGCCGUCUCGGGUGAAUUGUCAGCGGUUAGGCAGGUAGCUCUGCAAAACCGCAUGGCAUUGGAUCUCCUGUUGGCUGAGAAAGGUGGAGUUUGUGCUAUUGUGGGAAGAGAAUGUUGCACGUACAUCCCUGAUUCCACUCAGGCUGUGCAGGAUCUAGAGGAUGUGGUGCACAAGCAGAUGUCUGAGGUACACAAAGAGCAUGGCCUGUUUGAGUACAGCUGGGACUACUGGUUCUCCUCACUGAUCCCGGGUUUAUCAGGGGUGUUCAGACCCUUAGUUUUUAGUGUAGUGUUACUGCUAGUAGUGUUGCUGCUAAUCUUUUUGCUGUUUAGGUGUUGUUCUAGUAUUCUGUCUUCCCAGGCAAAUUCUGUUAUGUUCCUACGGGCUCCCCCUCUUCCCUAUGCGGAUGAUCCUCUUCUUCCCGCCUGGUUCUACGACCCUCAGCCCCGGGUUGUCGUCCAUGCGACCGGCAACGCCGACACCGCUGGUGACUCCUGUUCCAUCCAGCCGACACCGGCCCGCUUUGACCCGCUGCGCAAUGGUCCGGCGUUUUACUACACUGCGGACUCUGAUUGUUUGUGA